GUUGCACAACAAACAGAAAGUAGGCCUGCCUUGCCUAGAACAGAGCACCUUCACCUCACUCCUCACUCAUUCAAGCUCUCAAUAACAUUCAACAUGGCGCUUCACAGACUUUCGAGUGCGCUGAUUCGUAACGUUCCCCGCAUCGAAGCCAGUGUGGUAGCCCCAGCUGCUGGAUAUCAUAAAAAUGUGAUUGACCAUUAUGAAAACCCGAGAAACGUUGGGUCCUUAGACAAAGAGGACAAAAAAGUUGGCACAGGACUGGUGGGGGCCCCUGCGUGUGGAGAUGUGAUGAAGUUGCAGAUCAAGGUUGAUGAUGAUGGGAAGAUCGUUGAUGCAAAGUUCAAGACAUUUGGUUGUGGUUCUGCCAUUGCAUCUAGUUCUCUUGCUACAGAAUGGGUGAAGGGUAAAACGAUGGACGAAGCUUUGAAAAUCAAGAAUACUGAGAUUGCUAAAGAACUUUCGCUGCCUCCUGUGAAAUUGCAUUGCUCAAUGUUGGCUGAAGAUGCUAUCAAGGCAGCCCUCCAGGACUACAAGAUUAAGAACCAGGGAACCGACCCACCUGGCGAGAAGACUGCCGUUUCUAAUUAGCUUGUGGCAAGCUCAGAUCACAACGAGAUAUUAUUUUGACUAUUAUUAUUAUUUGUUGGGUGUUAGAUUUCAUCUAUCUGAGAACUUGCCUCAUAUAUUUGAAUUGUAAAGAGAUCCACAAGUAAUUUUUAUUCAGAUGAACUGUUCCUGCACAUAUGUACUCUGGUAAGGUUUGCACAGGCCUCAAUACUAUUUCUCAAUAAAUAUCUACCCUGUGGUAGUACGUAUAGCAAGCUGUUUUUUGUUUUGGAAUGGAUUGAAAUGUGAUCUGUUGUUUCAAGUGUGUUCCUGAUCGACGUACAUUGUUGUUUGGUCUGGAGGUUGCACAAUCUGGAAUGUUGUUGGAAGCUGGAUAGGUACUUUGAUUGGAUGGGGUAGGGGAUGAACAAUUAAAAUUAUCUGUUUUGGUUGGGGGGGAGGGGGGGGUUCAAUUUAUGGUUGGUACUCCCCUUCAUGUUUGAGAAGCAUGUUAAUUUGUGGGUUGCAUUUUGCUUUUUAUCUACUCUUCUUUGUUUUGCAACGGGGAAGAUAUUUGACUCAAAAGCUAAAUGUAGGGGAUUUUUUGUCAUUGCACCUUUAAGUUGGUGAACACUUUGAACAGGGGAAAGAUAUGGUGUUUUCCAGGAAUACAUUUUGGCAGAACAUAUGGUUGUGUAAAUAAUUAUUUUUUUCUGUAAAUAAAGUUAGUUCACAAAAAAGAAA